AUGUCCUGGGAUCCACUGCAGGCGGAGUCUGAUAUUCUCUGCCUGAACCUGAGGGCUGCCUGUAUGAUUGCAUGGACGAUUCGCUGUCCAGAUUUGUUACUUGGGUUCUGGAUUGUUUGCAAGGCCGAUCUGCUGUCACAUGAGAUUGUUGCCGUUGACCGUACUCCAUCUCCGACAUUUGUGCGCCGAUGGGCUAGCUUGAACGCCAUGUCGACCGCGUACAUAGAAGAUGAGCUCUGCUACGUGGACCGACCAGCGUUCCGUCGGACCCACUUGUACCUGUUGAGAUUCCACCACCUCUUCCUGGUCGUUGAGCGCGACGAUGGCAGUUCCAAGACAGCCUUCACGUCCGGAAGCGUCCGAGUAGACAACAAUAUCGGACAUAUUUCUUACCGAAUCUGCCCUUUCUCUCGCUAUCUCUCGGUCGCUUCUACCAUUAGUCACAUGAUUUUCUGA